GCAGUUAUUGUAGAUCUAGAGAUACUCCAUGCUUUCUUAUAUGACCUGAAAUAACAUUUUUGUUUCAAGGCGUGGACGUGAAAUUUCUCAUAAACAGAACAAAGAAGAGAGAUUCCUGCUGUCAUCUGGAGGCUGUAUGUCGAAUCGGUGCGCCCCUUGAAUUUGGAUGCCAUUCCGGUUGGAGGUUGCGGUACACCCCGAGGACUAGAUGCGAUAACCACAACGAGAUAUGCCGCAGCCGAAAUCACGAAAAAUCGCCAUCCUCGGGUACAGAUCCGUAGGAAAGUCCUCCUUGACAAUUCAGUUUGUGGAAGGCCAGUUUGUUGACUCCUAUGACCCAACAAUAGAAAACACAUUUACUAAAAUGAUCACAAUAAAUGGACAAGAGUACCAUCUUCAGCUGGUAGACACAGCAGGACAGGAUGAGUACUCUAUCUUCCCACAGACGUACUCCAUAGAUAUCAACGGUUACAUUCUGGUCUAUUCAGUCACGUCUAAUAAAAGCUUUGAAGUUGUACAAGUUAUCCAUGAAAAACUAUUGGACAUGGUGGGAAAAGUUCAAGUACCAAUUAUGCUCGUCGGGAACAAGAACGACCUACAUAUGGAGCGAGUAAUCAGUUGUGAAGAAGGAAAAGCAUUAGCUGAAUCCUGGAACGCUGCCUUCAUGGAGUCCUCAGCUAAAGAGAACCAGCUUGUUGCGCUGCCCCCAAGUGGCCAAAAAAAUCAAUUCAUGCAGGUUUAUCCACCACAGCCUCCUCGAUAAAGCAUGUUCUAUCCACUAUUCUUUACAUUUCCUAAACUUGCCAACAUAAGCUAAGAGUAAACCACAAACUUGCAACACGAGCAACAGCAAUUGAUUCUUGAAACCGUCUUUCCAUUUACUUGUGGAUGUAUUUCCCAACAUAGCUAAGGACAUAUAGCAUAUUCAGGAAGUCUGUUUAUCUCCUUCAAAUCAAGUUAGCAAACAGUAUUGCUUGAUUUUCUUUAAUUGCACAUAAAAACAAUGCCAUCUCUGUUGUGCCUAAAGCCAGUGAGGCUCCACUGGAUGUAGUGUGUGCUGCUGGAAAAUUAAAUGUGGUGUGACUGAGACAUGUGACAGCAUCCUGUGUGUGUGUGUGUGUGUGUGUGUAUCUCGUUCUCUUUCUCAGACGGCCGUGGAGGUUUUCCGGAGGAUGAUCCUGGAGGCAGAGAAGAUGGACGGCGGCGUGCAGCCAGGAAAAUCACCCUGCUCCAUGAUGUAGAGCCGCCCAAUCAACACACAGGACACUGCACUGGGAUAUCCCGUUACUUGAAGGCUAGCUGCCAGUUCUCCUUCACCUCAGCUGACUCCACCCCUCCAGGGUCCUAAAUAUCCAAUACUGUCUAUUUAUGGCUCUGAUUCCACUGUUAUUUAUCAGUAUUUCCUAUUCCCUUUUGUCAUCCUUGUUUUUCUUUGUGUGUUUGAUUUAAAAAAAAAAAGGAUGAGUGGUGGUUCCCUUGUCUUAUAUUUCCCACAAACCACCUCUCCUCCAUCUCUGUGCUCAGCACUGAUGCAAAACACAGAACAUUAUUUGGGUGUAUCAGAAAAAAUGUUUUCCUGUGCUCGGUAAUGACGACAACCGGAGAUAGUAGUGGCUUGAUGCAUCUUAGCUUCUCAUUAUGCAGCUCCUAUAUAGGCUAUGAGGCCUUCUCCCCCUAACUAACAAGAGAUAAGAGAAAUGUCAUGUCUGCCAUGCAUACGCUCUGAAAAUGGUUAAGUAAACACGGACGUUUCUUCUGAUACAUCACCAGCUGUCCCUCCAAUAUACAGCUCUUUUUCUACUUCAUCUCCACGCAGUACACUCCACUUCUCUGUCCCUCAGUUUGUUUUCAUAGCAGUUACUGUCAGCCAAAAAAUCUGCAUCCAUUUUCUAAUGUUGAAAAUGUUGUACAAAUGUUUUUGAUUGUAAUCAUUAAAGCAAAAAGUGGUUAUGUA